AACAACAUUUGCCAGCAAAGCUUGUUAUUAAUUGCAUUAUAUACGAAGGCAUUAUAAAAUAGGAAUGCUUCCCCUAUUGAUUAGGACAUUAACGUAGGUGGGGUAGACAAAUAGAGUAGAAAAAGUUGAAGAUGUUAUUAAUUUUUAGUUAGAUAUUAUAGUAAAGUUAUCAAUGACAUAGCUACUGAAUUGGCACGGGCUUUUAACAUUGGAAAACUAUUUGGUAUGACCCUCCUCUAGCAUAAUCUGCCUCUUGCUUGAAACUAGUAUGAAGCUGCUUGUCAGAUUAUAAAAACUAUAUUUUUGCUUUUUGUCAGAAAAUGAAAACAAUUUUCUAGCGAAAUCUUUUCGGAGAAGCUAAAAUCUUCCGAAACAUUCUUAAAAUGUGAUCUUUGACGACUUUAAUGAAUUCCAUUUCAAUGCUGUUUUCCAGUCCUCAUUCAUUUAAGGACGAUGAAUAGGUAAAAUAUGUUAAAGAAAUUUGUUUUCUUCAAAUCUGGGUUUCUGGUAUAAAAUUGUAGUUCAAGUAUUAGGUUUUAAGUUCUCGAUAUCUAUUUUGCAAAAAAAUAUCUUUUCACCUAUAAAACUAUGUUUUAUUAUAGCUACCCUGCCUAGCAACGCAUGAAAUGUGGUUGCUAAGGAAAUGAUUGGGGUGUCAACCGACUUUCCAGGGCUAAAUUUGUCGUUUUUGGGGUUUUAUAAGUUUAUAAAUUGAGUUGAAUUAUGUUUGUGCACCUAUAACAUGAAGUACUUGUCGAAAAGAUUGCCGACUGCCUCGAGAGGACACUGACACGCUUCACUUUUUACGUUUCUACUAUUCGCUGAAAUAACAUUUGUGCGUUUUUUGAAACUAGUUGAAAUUCUUCAGUUUGUCAUGCCUGGGAAAAAAAAGAAUACUAUCUACAGAAAAAAACGGAAAAGAGUGUUCAGUGGUAAACGGAAACAAGAACAGGAACAUGAGUCAAAUUCGGAAGAUUUAGGCCCAGCAAGUUCUUCUUCACCAGAGAAGUUAAAUAGAUCUUUUGAGAAGAUUGAUAAUAACUGCCCUUUAUUGGAGGUCGAAAGAGAGGAGACAAUAACAAGAGCCAAAGGAUUUCAGCUGGGAAUUAACAAAUCCACACCAACAACAAGUAGUGCUAAGGAGGGCCACAACAGCAGCCAAUAUAUUAAAGCAUAUGGUAACAAACUGGUAACCAUUGAAAAUUUGCAGAACAUUUUAACUACAGCUGCAGUAUGUGCAUCAUGUAGGUCAGCAAAAGGAAAAUUGGAGCUUUUCCAAAAUGACUUGGCACGUAAAGGGCUUGAUGAAGAACUUUUGUUACUGUGCACAAACUGUCAGAAUUCAUCUAUUUUUCAUACCAGCAAUUAUGUUAAAGAUGGUGGUAGAAGGUCAGAGGUAAAUAUUCGCCUUAUUCAAGGUGGUCUAGAGACAGGAAAUGGACACACAAGUUUAAAAAAACUGUGCUCUUUAUUGAAUUUACCACCACCAGUUUCGAAAAAUGCUUACUCUGACACAAUUAACAAGAUUGAGCAGUGCUACAGUACUGUUGUAGAAAAAUCCUUAGAGAAAGCUGCCAAAAAUUUGAAAAGAGCUUUGAAAAAGAUGUCUCCUUCACAUGAAGACCUAGACAUUGAGGAUGAUGUAUUUCCAGUCAGUGUCUCUGUAGAUGGGACAUGGCAAAAACGAUAUGGUCAUUCAUCUUUACUUGGUGUUGUCUUUGUUUUGGCAGUUGAGACAGGGGAGGUGCUAGAUUUGGAAGUGAAGUCAAAAAUUUGUUUCGAAUGUAGAUCAAAAGGAAACUGGGACAAAGAUUCUCAAAGGUAUAAAGAUUGGUUUGCGAAGCAUCAGGAUAAAUGUUGUAUCAACCACAACAAAUCAUCAGAGGCAAUGGAGAAAAGUGCAGCAGUGACAAUGUUCCUUCGGUCUAUAGAGAAACAUAAGUUGAAAUAUGUAACAUAUGUUGGAGAUGGUGAUUCUUCGUCUUUUGGUGAGGUAGCAGAUGCUUGCUUUAAAAAAUAUGGCAGUGACUAUUUAGUCACCAAGGAAGAUUGCAUUGGGCAUAUUCAAAAAAGAAUGGGGUCAAACUUGAGAAUGUACAAAAAUAAAAUGAAAGCAAGCAAACUUACAGAUGGUGUGAGUGUUGGUGGACGAGGGAGAUUGACAGAUGUUGCAAUAGACUCAUUGCAAAACUACUAUGGGUAUGCAAUAAGGUCAAAUAAAGGCAAUUUGAAGAUGACACAAGAUGCAGUAUGGGCAAUAUAUUUUCAUAGUAUUGUUGGGGAAAAUGAAGCAUUGGAAAUCCAACAUAGAUUUUGCCCUAAAGGCUCUCUGUCAUGGUGCAAAUGGCAACAAGACCAACUAAACAAAACCAAAACGUACAAUCGAAACAAAUGUCUUCCUGCUGUUUUUCGGUCAGAGCUGAAGCCAAUUUUUGAAAGAUUAUCAAAAGAAGACCUUCUAAAGCGUUGUUUAAAAGGGUUAACUCAGAAUCAAAAUGAGUCUCUUAAUAAUGUUUUGUGGUCAAAGUGCCCAAAACGUGUUUUCUGUGGGAAGCGUAAACUUGAUGCUGCAGCUGCAGCAUCAGUUAUCCAGUGGAACCAGGGAGCUGCUGGUGCUGGUUGUGUUUUGGAGGAGAUGGGGAUAGAACAUUUUGGUGUGCAUACAGCAAGAGGCUUUCGUGCCUUAAAUGAUACCAGAAUAAAGAAUGCUGGAAAUCAGUCUCGUAGUUCAUACCUGAACCGGCGGCGCCUUCUAAGAAAAGCUAAGAAGAUGGGAACAAAGGCUGGAAGGCAUUAUAUGUCUGGAGGGUUCAGUACCCAUAAAGUGCCAGAUGUAAUUCUCAAGAAAGACAGAGAAGAACCAAAAGAGCCUCAAAUAACAUUUGUUGCUGAAGAAAACAUCGAUGUAAUGUUUACAUCAGAACCACCACGGAAGCGUUUACGUUGAAGAAAACUUACGUUACUACUUUUUGGAUAAUUUUCUGGCUAAAUCUUGGAUAGAUUACUAAGCAUCAAGAACUCAGUAGGUCAGAAUACCUAACUUUUCACUAGAAUCAUGUAUUUGACCUGUUAUGCUAUUUCUAGCUCUUAAAACGAUGAAGUAAAACUUUAAAUUAGA